AUGGACAGCUGGAGGAGGGGCAGGAGGCCAGACGUGGAGGCUGUCCCUCCCUCCGGAUCCAGCCUGAUGGGGAUUCUGCUGCUGGUGGUGAAGCUCUCAGUGCUGCUGGUCCAGAACCGGGUCCACCUCUACAAUGUUCUGCUCCUUAAGAUCAUCCUCUUCAACCACUGGCUGUCAGGGCUGCUCCAGCAGGCCCAGGGGUCCUGCAGCCAGCAGGCCCACCCACUGCCAGGGCUCACUGCCCGGGCUCGCAGCCUGCCCUACGGGCUGGGCUGGGCACUGAUGGAGGUCCCUGUGUGGCUGGUUCUGAGGGUGCCCAGGCUAGUGUGGGCGGGCAUGCUGGGCUGUGCCCGGGCCCUGGGCCUGGACCCAAAUGCCGCAGGAAUAAUCAAGCAUCUGUACUGGUGGGUGGAGAGCACGCUAGUGGUUACCUCCUGGCACCUGGCCUAUCUAGUCACUUGGACCACCUGCCUUGCUUCCCACCUGCUGCAGGCUGCCUUUGAGCACACAGCCCAGUUGGCCCAGGCCCAGGCCCAGGAGGCUGAGCCUCAGGAAGCUGAGUCCCUAUUUGAGUCCCCAUUCUUUGAGUCUCUGGUUCUCAAGGCUGGGCCAGUCCUGCCAGAGCAUGAAACCCUUGGAGAAUAA